GCUGGAGAGGCUGCGACGUGCAGGAGCAUUUGCAUCCUCCUCAGUCUCCUUGUUUCAAAGUGGUCUGGGAGUUGUGUCACCUCCUGGCUCUGUGGGUGGAUUUCUGCUGGCAGCUGGCACAGGAGUGGCUGCAAAUAACCUCACCUCGGAGCCUCUUGGCCUCGAGUUUGGCACCUGCCUUUUCUUUACUGCCCAAAAUUCGUCCUAAAAGUACCUGAGCUCUGCUGGCUGCCCCGGAGGCUCCCCAGGAGAUGGUGAGGAGGUGACUCCAGCAAAUUUUGACCCAGCAAAGCCUCCUGGCUGCGGUGUGGGAUCGUGAGGCUGCCUUGCUCAUCCCGUGCUUCCCUCUCCUCUCUCCGGGGGUGAAUCCAGCUGCCGCCCUUCUCCUGCUGUGCCUGGCAGGUUCCCCGAGGUGACACCGGGCUCCCCAUCGCCGGCAGAGAGGCCCUGGCCAUGUAGUGCCCGCCGGGAGCGGAGAUGGCAGCGCAGAGGAUCCGGGCGGCCAACUCGGGAGGGCUCCCGCGCUGCAGGUCCGAGGGGACGCUCAUCGACCUGGGCGAGGGCUUUGCUGAAACCACGCUCUGCGACGUCAAAGUGCCUUCUCCCAGUGCCUUGCUGGUGGACAAUCCCACGUCCUUCGGGAACACGAAGGAAGUCGUGGCAAUCAAGGAUUACUGCCCCACAAAUUUCACCACCUUGAAGUUCUCCAAGGGGGACCACCUGUACGUGCUGGACACGUCGGGAGGGGAGUGGUGGUACGCCCACAACACCACUGAGAUGGGCUACAUCCCGUCCUCCUAUGUGCAGCCCGUGAGCCACCGCAACUCCUCCCUCACGGACAGCGGGGUGAUCGACAAUCUGCUGGAGAGCCCCGACGAGGGCGCCAAGGAGCUGGACCUGCUCGGGGAAUGGACUGAUGUGAAGAGAAACUCUGCCAAAUCCUUCCACAACAACCCCUUCCUGAACGGAGCGCAGACCAACCCGUUCCUGAACGGGAAUUUGCAAGCAGCGCCCGGCUCGGACAAAGAGUCCGACUCCAGCGUCGCCGUGGAUUUGUUGCUCUUCGACACGGGGGCUCCCACUUCGGCUCUUCCCAGUUUGGCUGCCAACAGCAGCCUGGGGAACCUUUUUGACGAGCUUCCCUCCACGAACAGGCUGGAUGGGGACCAGCCCGUGAGAAGGGACAACCCUUUCUUCCGAAGUAAACGCUCCUACAGCUUGUCCGAGCUGUCCGUCCUCCAGGCCAAGUCGGACGCGCCGGCAUCGUCGGGUUUCUUCAGCGGUUUGAAGUCUCCCACCCCCGAGCAGUUCCAGAGCAGGGAGGAUUUUAGGACAGCGUGGCUGAACCACAGGAAGCUGGCUCGGUCUUGCCAUGACUUGGAUUUGCUUGGCCAAAAUCCUGGCUGGGGUCAGACGCAGCCGGUGGAGACCAACAUCGUGUGCAAGCUGGACAGCUCCGGCGGGGCCGUGCAGCUGCCGGACACCAACAUCAGCAUCCACGUGCCCGAGGGCCACGUGUGCCCCGGGGAGACGCAGCAGAUCUCCAUGAAGGCCAUGCUGGACCCGCCGCUGGAGCUGAACAGCGACAAGUGCAGCACCAUCAGCCCCGUCCUGCAGAUCAAGCUCAGCAACAUGGAGGUGAAGACCUUCAUCAUCCUGGAGAUGAAGGUGUCGGCGGAGGUCAAGAGCGACAUCGUGAGCAAGAGCCUGGUGGGGCUGCAGUGCCUGCGCAGCGACAUGAAGGAGGGGCCCUACACGCCCAUGCAGCUGAGCUAUUCCUACGGGGACACGAUCCAGGUGCAGCUGGAGAACCUGGAGCCCUGCAUGUACGUGGCGGCCGUGGCGCAGGGCCAGAACAUCCUCUACCCUUACACCGUGUGGGAUUACAUCAGCAAGAAGAUCACGGUGGGCGUCUACGGCCCCAAGCACAUCCACCCUUCCUUCAAGACCGUGGUGGCCAUGUUCGGCCACGAGUGCGCGCCCAAGACCCUGCUGGUCAACGAGGUCACCAGGCAGUCCCACAGCCCGGCUCCCGUCGCCCUCCAGCUCUGGGGGAAGCACCAGUUUGCCCUGUCCCGGCCCCAGGACCUCAAGCUCUGCAUGUUCUCCAACAUGACCAACUACGAGGUGAAGGCCAGCGAGCAAGCCAAGAUCGUCCGGGGCUUCCAGAUGAAGCUGGGCAAGGUCAGCCGCCUCAUCUUCCCCAUCGCCUCCCACGACCCCAACGAGCUCUCAGACUUCACGCUGAGGAUACAAGUCAAGGACGACCAGGAUGCCAUUCUGACCCAGUUCUGCGUCCAGACGCCGCAGCCGCCUCCGAAGAGCGCCAUCAAACCCACGGGGCAGAGGCGGUUCCUCAAGAAGAACGAGGUGGGGAAGAUCAUCCUCUCCCCUCUGGCUGCCACCGCCAAGUACCCGGUUUUUCAGGACCGGCCGGUGCUGAGCCUCAAGUACGGGAAGCUGCUGAAGACGGUGGUGAGGCAGAGCAAGAACCACUAUCUGCUGGAGUACAAGAAGGGAGAUGUCAUAGCCCUCCUCAGUGAGGAGAAGAUCAGGUUGAAAGGCCAGCUGUGGACCAAGGAGUGGUACAUCGGCUACUACCAGGGGAAAAUCGGCCUUGUGCACACCAAAAACGUGCUGGUGGUCGGGAAGGUCAAGCCCAGCUACUUCUCCGGGCCGGAUCUCACCACCAGCCUGCUGCUGGAGCAGAUCCUGAGGCCCUGCAAGUUCCUGACCUACAUCUACGCCUCGGUGAGGACUCUGCUGAUGGAGAACCUCAGCAGCUGGCGCUCCUUCGCCGACGCCCUGGGCUACCUGAACUUGCCGCUGACGUUUUUCUGCCGGGCGGAGCUGGACAGCGAGCCGGAGCGGGUGGCCUCCGUCCUGGAGAAGCUGAAGGAAGACUGCAACAGCGUGGAGAACAAGGAGAGGAAAUCCUUCCAGAAGGAGCUGAUGACGGCGCUGCUGAAGAUGGACUGCCAGGGGCUGGUGGUGCGGCUGAUCCAGGACUUUGUGCUGCUGACCACGGCCGUGGAGGUGGCCCAGCGCUGGCGGGAGCUGGCCGAGAAGCUGGCCAAGGUGUCCAGGCAGCAGAUGGACGCCUACGAGGCGCCGCACCGCGACAAGGCUGGCGCGCUGGACAGCGAGGCCAUGUGGAAGCCGGCGUACGACUUCCUGCUCACCUGGAGCAGCCAGAUGGGGGACAGCUACAGGGACGUCAUCCAGGAGCUGCACACGGGGCUGGACAAGAUGAAGAACCCCAUCACCAAGCGCUGGAAGCACCUCACAGGCACCCUGAUCCUCGUCAACUCCUUGGACAUGCUGAGGGCAGCUGCCUUCAGCCCCCAGGACCACGAGGAUUUUGCCAUCUAGCCCCUGUUUGUCCAACUUCUCUUCGGCUGAGAAUUUUUUUUUUUCCUGUGCUUUUCCCCUUGCCCCCCUUUCUUAAGCAGUUGACUUUGAAGAGAAGAAGUGGAGGUUGCUCUCCUCUGGGUUUGAAGAGGCCAAAGUUUGCAAGUUCUCCACCAGGACUGUAAAUCAGCAGGAGAUAUCUCACCUGGAUGGGAAUUCAUCUGGAAGGGGAGGAUGGCUUUUCAUCCAGUUAAACUAUUUCUUACAGAAAAAGAACCUUUCAAGAGGGCAAGGGGUGGGGAGGGAUCCCAAAAGAGAUCACGUUUUCUAGGCAUUUACAAAUAAAAGUCUAAUUUUUGUAACGAGCAGUAA